GACCGGAGUCGGCAACUGCGGACCUUCCAGCUUCAGGAACAAGAGAAGAUAGAGGAGAGGACGGAGAGGAGACGUAAGAGGAAGAGGGCCUAGUCGACAGAGAACUAGGACCUGUAACGGAGAUGGAAGGUAGACGAAAGCGAGGCAUCUUUUGUGUCUUCCAGUUAGCGAGGAAGAACGUAGAAAACACUCGGUCUCAGAGAGGGUCGUAGCCCACAGAGCGGCAUUGUUGUCCCUUGCCUCUCUUCCUCCUUUUACUGUCCUUCUCCUCCCUCCGAUCCUUUUCUCUCUCUCCUGAACCCUCGCGAGCUUCGUUGCCGAAGAAGAAACACCUGACAACUCGGUGCGAGUAACUUGGCAGAACAGAGCCACGGGGAGUUAUGGGUGACACUCUCUCCCCUCAUACAGAGGCUGAAACAAUAGUACUGAUUUUCAUAAUAGAGGCGCCAUACUCAAGUAAAACGUGAAAAGCGUGGACGCACGUGUCGACACCAGAACGCAGAUACACUUGAGGCCGCCAGAAGUGGACAGACCAAGCACAAAAGGCCGCGCUGACCUAACGGCACCGAUGGACUACAGUUUAUCAACAGAUAACAGAUUCGUAAAGGCAUGUCGAGACACACAACACUGACGUCUCGACACACGACAGCUGAUUAAUGUGACCGUUUCUGUCCAAGCACCGGCCCGUAUGCAUGUGCAUGCGUAUUUACAUCCACACCUACAUGCAUAUGGGUAAGUGUAUCUCUCUGUACACCGGUACACAGGUAUAUGUAGACAGAUGUAUUCGUCUACAGGUCUAGAUACGUACUUGCAGCCGAAAACGAUGCAUCGCUCAGGAAUCUUUCAUUUCCUGUUAGCCCAAAGUCACCGAAAACAACGACAGUGUGUCCGAGUACCGACGACGGCAGUUCUUAUCCCGCGCUUCGUUUGUCAGUGUCUGGUGUUUUUUUCGGCACACAGGGGAUUCCAUAGAAGUGCUCGAGAGCUCGAUUGGCACGUUAUCACGGAAAUCCGCACACAACAAGACAACAAGCCGUUUUCCUUCCCCUUUCUGGCACUGGUUCCUCUUUUCUUGGCAUUCGCUGGCUCUGCGGCACCCGUUUUUUCGCAGGCGCGUGGAAAGAGGGCCUUUCUCCCUUCUCCUUCCACCCUCGUCAACAUCUUCGAGCAAACAAACUGCCUCCGUUACAAUGGCGCCAAAAGCAGGAGCGUCGGCGGGCGCCAAAGCUUCCGCGAAGAAGGCAGUGGCAGGGAAGGUCAAGAAGGCGCAGCAAGCUGCUAAGGGCCUCAAGGCGUCCAGCAGCUUCAAGAAGGCUCGCGUCCGCACCAAUGUCCACUUCUUCAGGCCACACACGCUGCGCAAGAGCCGUCAGCCGAAAGUUGUCCGCCGGUGCUAUGAGGCUGCGACUUGCACGUUCCCGAAGCUGGCCAAGACAGACAAGUACACCAUCGUACGCCAGCCUUUGACAACGGAGUCUGCGAUGAAGAAGAUCGAGGAAACGAACACUCUUGUCUUUUUGGUGGACCCUCGCAGCAACAAGAGGCAAAUCAAGCAGGCCGUUAAGGAGCUGUACGACGUCGACACACAAAGAGUGAACACCCUCAUCCGUCCUGACGGACUGAAGAAGGCGUACGUGCGCUUGACUUCUGACUACGACGCCCUGGAUGUUGCCAACAAGAUCGGAAUCAUCUGAGCUAAAUGUGUCGAGAUGCGGUUUUUGUCUUUGUCCGUUUUCCUCCCGUGUGAGUGUGCCUCGUUUCUGUGAGAAAGACGGACGAGGGAAUCGUCUUCUCUCUAAAACUCUAUCCUCUCUGUCCAGUCUCUCUGCACCUUCCGGAAAGAAGGGUGUGGCGCCUUGCGCUCGCUCGCGCCUCUCCGUUCAAACCCCCAGACAGACACACACACUUCAGUGAUUCUCCGGGCUGUGUCGGGAGUUCGGAAAACGCCGUGCUCACUGCAGGACUCGAUGGGGCUUAGAAUGUUACCAAAAAAGAAGGUGCCUUACACUCGCGAGAGCACGUGUACAGGAUCAGAGAUGUCGAGGUGGAAUCCAUCAGAAAGGAUGGCAACUCACGCGGACGGGGAAAAACAGAUUCUAGAGAGUGUCAGAGCAUCACGGUAAUCCUCAGUCACUGUAAAAACCGAUCUGAUCAACGAAAAUGUAGUGUUAGGCGGAGGAAGCAUGGCCAACACGUGGGACGGGGAGGCCCACAUGCUGCACAGAUCUAGACUCCAGUUCAUAGUUCCACACUCCGAAUGGAUGCUUAUAGUACACACAAGCCCUCGACGUUGACAAAGAAACUCUGGUUAGAAAGAAGGUAUGAAGCGAGAGUGGUGUCCGUCGCACUUUCUGCUGAUUCCCUCUCGCAGUUCACUGACCGUCACGGAUUUUACCAAGGUAGUGCGAAGAUUUCAGACUGCGUCUUAUGCACUGCUG